UAUUAUAGCUGUCCCUCUUGUGUUGCUAGUGGGAAAGUCCAUAAGAGAGCAUAGUACGAGUAUACCAUCAUUUACGCGUACGUUGUCACACAUUUUGAGAUUGGUUUACUGUGUAUUUAUUACCUUAGACAUCUGAAACCCCGUCCUGUCAUCACCAUUGAUACAUGAGCCCUAUAGCAUGUGUUGAGUUGUAUUAACCAGCUGCAUGCUGAUUUCUUUUUCUUUUUGCUACCUCUGGCCCCUGUAUCCGGGUGAGGUAUUAGGUGUCUGAAAUCCUUAUGCUGUCUCAGGGUAGUCUCACUUUACGCCAGUCUCUCAUGUGGUAUUCACAGGGUGAAACCGAAUCUGCCAUAUCCUUCGGAUGUCUCUCUGCCCCCCUUUGCCCUCGAACCUUCGGGACUGUGGCCAAGGGGCGGGUGUCCCCAGCGUCCCUUCUCAUACAGACAACAGCCUUGUAACUGGAGAUGGAAAGGUUUGGAGAGAGGGACAGAACUAAAUGUCACAUAAGGCUCGUGUCCCGGAGAUCUAGUGGGAAAAAAAUAGAAAGCGAGUCAUCUCAAUGUAUAGAUAGAACGCCUCAAGAUGUGUAGCACUAGAGUAUAUAGGAUAAUUACAAGAAACGGCCAGAGCAGGCGAGCACUGUAUACUGUAGGCCAGUCCUUGAGGAUGUGACAGAUUUCUUAUAGUGCACAGCUAACAUCUUGUGGCCUCCUGCUGCCAUGACAGAAGAGUUGCGUUCCAAGAAGGACAUCUAAGCAUGAGAUUGAAUUAGGACACUGGUGAGGUGGUGAGACGCCCCCAUGUUGCCCAGUAAUGCGCCUUCUGCAUCCUCGGAGCGAGGUGCCAGCUCAGACCUAGAGCCCGACCUGCUGAACUUCAAGAAGGGAUGGAUGUCCUUGCUGGAUGCAAAUGGAGAGUGGAAGAAGCACUGGUUUGUUCUGACCGACUCCAGCCUCCGGUAUUACAGAGACUCCAAUGCUGAAGAGGCAGAUGAAUUAGAUGGAGAGAUUGAUCUUCGAACUUGUACUGACGUGCCUGAAUUUGCUGUACAGAGGAAUUAUGGAUUCCAGAUUCAUACAAGGGAAGGUGUAUUCACACUUUCCGCCAUGACAUCUGGUAUAAGGAGAAACUGGAUCGAAGCAUUGAGAAAAAAUGUCCACCCUGUUUCUAUCCCUGAUGUGACAAAGCUGUCUGAGAGCAAUAAGGAGAAUACAUUCGUUCCCACACGGCAGAAUCCAAGGCCGGAAGAACUCCGGCUUGGCUCAGAAGUCAGAACGAGAAAAGUGGAGCUGUCAGCAUCUCGACAAGGUUCCUUUGAUUAUGUGGAAUUGUCUCCACUGUCCCCAGGAGAGGAGCGGGAUCAGCGAUCGGAGGAGCGCAGACGCUGGUUUGAAGCUCCCCCUGGAGGAGACUCCUCUUCUGCACGUCGUAUCACACAGACGCCAGUCACAGAGGAGCAAAAACAACGCCUCAGCGAGGACAUUGAGGCUAAAUGGAAGGAACUGGAGAGGCUACCCUUGCGAGAGACAAAACAGACGCCGCUUACAUGUUUGCUUGGUGGAAGCCGAGGCAAAACUGGGGGAGAAAACACAGCAGCACUUGAAAAACAGAUACAGAGUUUAAAGAUGCAACUGGAGAAGGCUCAGAAGGGAGGAGGCGAGGCGGCGUUACCCAACGGUUACAUAUCUCAGGAGGCAUGUGAACACAGUCUCUCUCAGAUGGAGAACUCGCACAAGCAGCUUUUGUCUGAGCUCCAGAGACACCAUGAUUGGGAGAUCCAGAGACUGCGACAAGAGAAGGAUCAGCUGUUGGCAGAGGAAGCUGCAGCUACAGCAUCUGUGAUUGAAGCCAUACGAGCUUCUCACAAGGAAGAGUUACAAAGAGAAGUGGAGAAGGCGCGGACAUUCCAACAUGGUGGAUCCUCUUCAAACGAGAUGCUUCGGCGGCAGCACCAAUCUGAGAUGGAUGCUCUAAGACGGGAGCUGCAGACUUUGUCAGAACGUUACUCACAGAAGUGCUUAGAGAUUGGGGCAAUGAACCAGACUGCAUCCGAGCGGGACAGGGAACUGCAACGAUAUCAGCAGGAAGCCAAGGAGCUGCUCAGACAGAAUCAGGAAUUAAACAACCGACUUUCAGAAGAAAUUGCAAAAUUGCGGACCUUUAUGGCCGGGAAUGGGCCAAGUGACGGGCAGCUACGGGCAGGACAGAAAAACAAUGCGGAGCUGGAGGUUUUACUGCGAGUGAAAGAGAAUGAGUUGCAGUACUUAAGAAAAGAAGUCUCCUGUCUGCGUGAGGAUCUCCAAAACAUGCAGAAGGAUAAACGAUAUGCAUCGGAGAAAUACAAAGAUAUUUAUGUAGAGCUAAAUAACAUCAAAUCUCGGUCAGAGCGUGAGAUUGACCAGUUGAAAGAACACUUACGACUUGCCAUGUCGGCUUUACGAGAAAAGGCUGCAAUGCGCAACAGCGUAGGAGAGUAACGGUUAAUGUACUGCCUCUGUUAUUACGGAGAUGGAUAUUACACACGUGCCGACAAUGUGACGUCGCUGAGUCUCCAUCCACCCUGCUCCACACAUCUGCUCUGUUUUAUAUGUGAAUCACAGAAUUUUAUACCACUCAUUAUUAAUAUUAUGUUAUUAUAAAUGGGGAUUCUUUCACGUUUCCCAGACGGUGGACAAGGUCAUAUAGCUCAAAUUGAGGUGUCCACAGGUCUGGAGCACUCUAACAUAUCCUACCUUUUACUGUUACGUAUGGGGAAAUGACUGUAUUUAAAGUUCACCUAUGUGGACAUGCGAGCAGAGAGGGUACAUGUGCGGGGACUGGUAAGGUUGAGCUGUUAUACUGUAUGUGCACUGAAUGUGAGCACUGCCUGUAAUGUAGCAGGCUUAUACAAAGUGGAGACUAUAAGAAUAGAUGUGUAUAAUAAGUUUAUAUAGAGAAGAGAGUAAAGCUUUGUACAGAUGUGCAUUGUGUUGCUAAAUGCAGUGGUGUACCCAAUAGUUCAUAUUCGUGAACAGUGUAUGAUUGUGAAAGGUGAAGUUCAGUGCUUGUGGAUUAGAGAUAUCAAGGUUGGAUGCCUACGGCUAUAGUUAAGCACAUAUCCAGUUAGCAUUGAAGGGUUUUAAUAUUGAUGACCUAUCCUCAGAAUAGGUCAUCGACAUCAAAUUGGCAGGGGUCCAAACACCCGCACCCCCGCCGAUCAGCUGUAGGAGGAGAAAUCACGUGCCACGCACGUGUACCGUCUCCUUUCUCUCUUCCUGCUUGCCGCUGAUCGGCGGGGGUGCUGGGUGUCGGGCCCCCACUGAUCUGAUAUUGAUGACCUAUCCUGACGAUAGGUCAUCCAUAUUAAAAACCUGGAAAACCCCUUAAAUUCUUCAAAAGUUAUUCAUUUUUAAAGAUUCUUCACAUGUAGUCCAGUAUUGCUAUAGUGUUCGGGUCCAUUCACACAUCCGCAAUUUUGUUCCGCAUUUUGCAGAAUGGAAUUGCGGACCCAUUCAUUUCUAUGGGGCAGCACCAUGUGCUGCCCGGAUACGAAAUUGCGGACCCGUACUUCCA